CUCCCUCUCUCUCUCUUUCUCUCUCUCUGGAUCCCAGAGGAAUGCAAGUCUCCAAUCCGCCUAAGAAGAGCUAAAAUGCAGCUGGCAUUCCUGGGCUGAAAAGGCUCGGCGGGGGAGAAGGAGGGAGCUCCUCCUCAGGCUCCUUCCCUCCAUCCCGCUCCCCUGGCUUUUGCACGGGCUUUCCUUGCAGCACUUCCAGGCUAGAGGUCUCCUCCGAGGAGCUGCACCGCUUCCUUUGUGCAUCAUCCCCAUCCCCCGCCAGCCAGCCAGCCAAGCCGGAGCCCUCCGCUCGCUCGCUCCCCAGGUGCAGCGGACUGACUCCUGCCCUCCGCAACAAAGGAGAACAGGACCUGCGGCAAGGCGCCCCCCCAAAAGCAAGGCUUGGCCAAGGAAGGAAGGAAGGUGCGCCAGGUCCGCGGCCUGCCUUUCCCUGCUCGCCUUGCAAGAAGGGGAUGCCAAGCCUGGAGGAAAGAGCUGGGAGGCUGGGGCCCCCGCUGCAGCCUGGAUCACCAGGAAGAGGAAGCCUCUGCUGCAAAGGCUUUGUCCCAGGCUCAGGUUCGCCCAGGAUCAGCCCCUGGCAGGCCCAGCCUGGCCCAGCCCGGCCUUAGAGAGGAGGAGGAGGAGGAGGAGGGCCCACGGGACCCUGGGUCACAGCCCUCACCUCGCCUUCUUCCAGCAGGCUUUUCUUUAUCCCUGCCUGUCUCCCUUCCUUCCUUCCGUUCCCCCCCCUCUCUCUCUCUCUUUCUUUCUGCAGUAUAUUGCUCUAUAUUUCUCUUUGAGAGCUCAGCUUUUCUUUGCUUGCCAUUCUCUCUUUUGGAUGUUUGAAGAGUAAACUGGUCCCUGCCUUCCUUCAGAUCUGGUCCCUGGGAUCACAUCCCUUGUUCCACCAGUCUUUUUUUAAUCCCUGUCUCUCUCCCUUGAUUCUUCUCUCCCUCCCUCCCUCUCUUCCUUCCUUCCUUUCUCUCUCUCUCUCUCUCUCUCUGCGGUGUAUGUGUGAGAGCCCAGCCUCUCUUUGCUGGCCACUCUCCCUUUUGGAUGUUUGCGGAGUAAACUGCUGAUGCUGAGCGCCGACAGGAUGGAAGAGUUUCAGAGCGAGGAAGAAGAACCCUGGUAUGACCAGCAGGACCUGGAGCAAGAUUUGCACUUAGCAGCCGAACUGGGAAAGACAUUGCUAGAACGCAACAAAGAACUGGAGGAUUCUCUGCAGCAAAUGUAUGCAACCAAUGAAGAGCAAGUGCAAGAGAUAGAGUAUUUGACAAAACAGCUGGAAAUGUUACGGCAUAUGAAUGAACAGCAUGCUAAAGUCUACGAGCAGUUGGAUAUGACAGCCCGGGACCUUGAACUGACUAAUCAGAAGCUCGUGUUAGAGAGUAAAGCAUCUCAGCAGAAGAUACAAUGCCUGACAGAAACCAUUGAGGGACUUCAGAACCAAGUAGAUGAGCUACAGAAGCAGGUGGAAGAAUUGCAGAGCCUUGAUCAGCUGCGUGUCCGAAGAGAGAAGAGAGAGAGGCGCCGAACCAUCCAUACUUUCCCUUGUCUCAAGGAGUUGUGCUCAAGUCCCAGAUAUGAAGAUGCAUUCCAGAUUCACAGCUCUUCAAUGGAGUUUAAUCAGAUGCCCUUGGAACGUGAGAAUGAGAGAUUACAAGCAAUGGUGAAUUCUCUCAGGUCCCAGGUCAAUCAGGAGAAACAGCGGAAGGAGCGGGUGGAGAGAGAGUACACAUCCGUCAUCCAGGAGUACUCAGACCUUGAGCAGCGAGUAUGUGAGAUGGAAAGCUGCAAACUGCGCAUUAAAGAACUGGAAUCAGAGUUAUUAGAACUCCAGCAGAUGAAACAAGUCAAGAAGUAUCUCCUCAGCAGAGAGGACAACCUGUCAGAAGCACUUCUGGAACCAUUAAACAAUGCCCCAGAAGCUGACUACAUUGACCUAUCUGAGGAAGAAGGAGGUAAAAACCAUAAUGCAUCCAUGGCAGCCUCCCCAAACCAUCCUGUACGGAAAAGCUGUAGUGACACUGCCCUAAAUGCCAUUGUGGCCAAGGAUGCUGUAAGCCGCCAUGAAGGCAACUACACACUCCAUGCCAAUAAUGUACGGAAGAGGGGAAUGUCAAUUCUUAGGGAGGUGGAUGAACAAUACCAUGCUCUUUUAGAGAAGUACGAGGAACUCCUCAGCAAGUGCCGACAGCACAAGGACAGUGUGCGCCAUGCUGGUGUCCAAACCUCUCGUCCCAUCUCUCGGGAUAGCUCCUUUAGAGACUUCCGGGGAGAGGGCUAUGAGCUAGAUGAGCUCAAGACAAUGGAGAAGAGCCUUAGCAAACAUGUGGAGGCUGUGGACAAGAGAUUAGAGCAGAGUCAGCCAGAGUACAAGGCCCUCUUUAAAGAGAUCUUCUCCCGUAUCCAAAAGACAAAAGCAGACAUCAAUGCCACCAAGGUGAAAAAGAAGACAAGCAAAUGAAUUCUAUCACAUUUGUUUUACUUCAGCAUCAAGCCCUUCUCUUUAGCCCCAGGACACAUUGCAUGGCCUUCUUCCUCCAAGACCUGGAAGCUUCUUUUGUUGAUGUCUUGCACAGAAAGGGGGCCUUUUUGCAGUGUUUGAGGAGAACCCAGGUCACAAGCCAAAAAAGCAAGGAGUCUUGCAGCACCUUAAAGAAUAGCACAUUUUAUUGGUUCAUACUAAUGAAAACUUAGGAGAUACUCACAUGGGGAAAAGUAAUGGUAGCAUAGUGGGAUGCUCCUGUCACUAUUGCUCAAUUGCGUGAGGAUUUUCAGAUGAUGUUGUACAACAUCACAAUAAUCACGUCAUUAUCCCAUGAAUAAAGAGGAAUUCUAGCACUGCUUUUCAUUCAUGGAAUUAUCAUGAAAUCACACAACGUCAUCUGAAUAUCUUUCCACAGUUGUGCAGUAGUGACAGGAGUAUCCCACUAUGCUCCUGUCACUUUUCCCUAUGUGAAGAUCUCCUAAGUCUUCAAAGCUCUGUGAUAUAAUAAAAUGUAUGUACGUAUCUUUAAGGUGCCAUAAAGCUCUGUUGGCAUUUUUUCUGCAACAGAAUAACACGGCUGCCCUAGAAAUUGUUAAAAUCAGUGCUCCAAACUUCCUGGGUCCCUGAAUGUGCUGCAAAAGCAAAAUGUUGUUGUAGUUGGUAUCCAAGAUUUUACAAGGGAACUUUCCCCAUCCUUACACAGCCACAAGUAACAAACAGGAGUAGUUAGACCAAUAAACCACAGUCUCACCUUCUCCCAGAGCCACUGUUUGCUUUUCUGUGGGCAACAUAGAAUCAAGGUCAGAUUUCUUACUAUGCCCUGGAAUGUCCUGGACAUAACACGUAAAAAAGAAAAAAUGUUUUGCUCACCAGAGGCAACUUUUGUUCAUGCAGUUUUUCUAUCCUCUUUUCCUAUUUCUUUUCUUCCUGUGAAGAACCCAUAUGGUGCAUCAGCAAGACUUUUAACUGAACUGCUCUCUUUCAUGAAGAAGAGUAUGUUCUUCCUGUUGAAGCCAUCCUUUAUUGGUCAGGUUUUUCAAUAUUUACAAUGUAAUUUCAUUGCAACUGGAAUAACUUGAAGAGAAAUGUCAGACUGAUUGGUGUCACAUCUUCAUCAAGCAUACUCAGUUGUUCUGCUUGUAAGACACAGUGAGCUUAGCAUUUACAUUUCCUUCAGUAUUUUAGUUCAGUAAGCAAGUUAUUAUCAUUUUAUUCAUAUAACUUGGACUUCCCUAAAAGCCAAGCAAGAAGUGCUAUUACUGGCUUGGAAAGACACCUUUAUCUUUAUUUGGGUGUUGGUUUUCCAUGCCUUGCUGUUCACAUGAGUAUUCCUUAAUUGUCUUUUGUGGCUGGCUCCUAAGACAUGAUUUGCAUGAGCUUGCAAAAACUAAUAGUGAUAACUCAAGUAGGAAUACAUCAGCAAAACACAGCAAAUCUGGUUCUUAUCACUAAUACUGUUUAUCAUACUGUUCCACAUACUCACUUGUUAGACAACCCUCCCCAUUAUCAAACUGCCUUUCCUAAAGGCUCUCUAUACUCCACAUAUAUAUAUAUAUAUAUUUAUUUAAAAUACAACUCACAUGCAUAUAACACAUACCUUUACACAAAAAGCCUCUCUCCAGUCUCAGGAAUCAUCAGUAUCCAUUUCAACGAAGUAUAAGAUGGGGCUCCUUAAGACACACAUUAUUAAGUGGAAUUUAGUUAUGGUCACUUGCAUAUAUAAAGAUAAGCAGUAUUAUAUUUCACUAACCUUAGGAUACACAUAUCAGAAUUCUCACUUGUGUGGGAAAACCAUAGCAAUGGUUAUUUACUUACCAAGCAGUAUUAUACUUGAAGAAAUUUUGAAUCUGUUUCUUGUUUUAGUUGUACCUGAAUAACACCCAUACUGUGUGUGUGUGGGGGGGGUUGGAAUUAUGCUAGUGUAAAUGAGACUUCAGUCUGCCAUUUAGUUAUUUUCAGCAUAUGGCCUUGACGUUCUCUCUUCUUUAGACAUGGUUCUGUCUUUGACUACGAUCCUCAGACUACAUUCUUUGGAAUAGCCUAUGUCACCAAGCUGCUCCAGCUUGGGGAUCAGGGUUUCUUACAGAUGACUUUCACCGUAGCAGUUACUGUAUUAUCAUUUUUGUCGCUUGGUUGUGUUUUUACAUGUCAUUAUUCUACACAUGGGUUUGACCUGAAGCCAGUAUUGUGAAUUAAGUAAAUACAGGGUAAGAAGGCAAUCAUGUGGGAGGUGAGAAUUUAACACAAACAGAAUGAGCAUUACCACUCCUCCACCACCAGAUUGUCAUCUCGUUAUGUGUUUGCUAUGUUCUUGCCAAGGGAAUUGUUCUGGGGUCCUUGUGUUCAGCCAAUUGAAGUUGUUUUUGUAAUAAUGUGAAAGUACUUUUGAGUUAACCUGCCCUGGGGACUCUUUGUCUUGAAUAGAUUCUUCCUCUACUAUUAAUGCCAAAACUUCUUUUGUACCCUUGAUGUGGCCCAACUUUGAAGUAUUGGGAGCCAUACACAUGAUUGUGGCUACCAUUUUGGUAACCAUACAACAAACCUUCAUGCCUUACAGUGAAAUCAGUAAUCUGUAAAAUAAACAAAGGAAGUUGGUUUUCUUGGAGCAUUUACCUUGCUCUGUAUUGCUGUCCUCAUAGCUGCUGGUGUAUUCAUUAAUUUUCUUUGACUACCUUUUUACUAAGGGACUUUUGAACCAGUGUUUGCUCUAAAGCCAUCUGUUUGUUGCAUCAGUAUUUGGGGUGGGGGUGGGCCAUUGCCGUCAUUCUUGGUUUCAAACAGUGUGCAAACCAGCAUCACAGUUUAAGUGUAGGAUACUUAAAAUUAAUAUAUUUAAAAAUGCUUUAUUCUCUUCUUAAAUAAAGAAAAAAGAAACACCAGUAUUCUGAACUCUGAAA